UCACUGAAUUACAUGAAAGAAAUCAUGUGGAAAUCAUUUCAUUCACGCUUAUUCCAUUUCAUCGGAAUAUUACGAAAGCAAUGAUGUGCAGUGAAAAUCGUUAUUUAUUAAAUUUCGCUAAAGUUACGUGGGAAAGUGUCGGGCAGGCGUAAGCGUAAAAUAUAGUCCUAUCAAGAUGUUAUUAAGCCUUUGAUUUACUACAUUCGUCAUGACUACAAUGAAGAAUUCUAAUUCGUCGUCUUCUAAACUUGCUCUUCUCAACCAUAUAAAGUACGAGCACCUGGUAGCUGGUAUAUCAGGUGGCGUCACAUCAACGUUAAUUCUGCAUCCCUUGGAUCUUAUUAAAAUUCGUUUUGCUGUGAAUGAUGGGCGGACCGCAACUGUGCCGCGGUAUGACGGACUGGGUAGCGCGUUUGUCACCAUAGUGAAGAAGGAGGGCGUGCGGGGCCUCUACCGCGGCGUCACCCCCAAUGUUUGGGGCUCCGGUUCCGCGUGGGGCUUCUACUUCUUGUUCUAUAACGCCAUAAAAACAUGGAUCCAAGGCGGGAACGCUCGCACGCCCCUGGGCCCCGGCCUACACAUGCUGGCGGCGGCGCAGGCCGGGAUCCUCUCCCUCGUGAUGACCAACCCCAUCUGGGUGGUGAAGACCCGCCUGUGUCUGCAAUACAGCGAGGAGAUCACCCUUGCGGAGCACAAGAGAUACAACGGCAUGGUCGACGGCCUCAGCAAGAUCUAUAGGACCGAGGGCGUCAGAGGGCUAUACAGGGGCUUCAUUCCGGGCAUGUUUGGCGUGUCGCACGGCGCCCUGCAGUUCAUGACAUACGAGGAGAUGAAGAACAGGUACAACCAGUACAGGAACCUGCCCAUUGACAUUAAACUGACGUCGAUCGAGUACCUUACAUUUGCGGCGGUGUCCAAACUGAUCGCAGCGGGGGCGACGUACCCCUAUCAGGUGGUGAGGGCGCGCCUCCAAGACCAGCACCGCACCUACAACGGUGCUUGGCACUGCAUCACCGAGACCUGGAGGCACGAAGGCUGGAGAGGUUUCUACAAGGGUCUGAAACCGAACUUGAUCCGUGUGGUUCCAGCGACUAUGGUGACUUUCCUAACGUAUGAAAAAAUGUCUCACUUCAUGCUACAACGUAACCGAGAUAAUAUAAAGCUUCCUUCUUAGAAUGUUAUGGAGAUGCGGCCUUUCUGGCCAAUAAUCACGAGGUAUUUCGGUAGUUUGACUAUUUUAUCAAUACUUGAUAAAAUAGUCAAACUACCGAUUGAGGUCGAUUGUUAGUUGAUUUACUUACCUACCUUAUUUCGUAAACAAUCUUUCAGCGACUGUGGAAGAAACAUUUUUUUAAAUUUCAUUACAAAUACCUUGUGAACAGUCUCACCUGGUAUGCAGUCUAAGAUGGUGUCGCGAGCUAACCUGUUAGGGGUGUGGCAGUUAUAUUAAACCCAUUCUCUUAAUAGGUUUCUACUCAGCUUCGUAAACGGCUUGGCGGCAUGUACGUAAAUUCGUAACUAAAUAGUAGUUAAAAGAUCGAUUAUGUUUUAAGACAGCUAAGAAAACAAAUACUAUAGCAUCGAGAUUUCAGUAAAAUCGGAUCCAAGUGAUACGCAGUACCGUAAAAAAAUUGGCAUUUGAAUAUUAAAUAUACCAUUUCAUCAGUUACUACCGCGUAACAAAAAUUAUAAUACAUCGAGUGGAUGCAGUUUUUAAACGGCAAAACAAUUGGACAUCACUUCAAUUUUUUCAAUACCGCGUAAGUACACUUGUGCUCAUUUUACUCGAACUAUCGAUUU